AUGUGGUUGUCAAUAUUGACAUUUUAUCUGUUCACAAUAUUUGUGGAAGGCCAAGAAGACUGGCGGAUGGUCAAUAUUACUCAGGGCCCUGUGAGAGGUCACAGGGAUCCAGGCGGAGAUCUUUAUUUAUUUUACAAUAUUCCAUAUGCUACUGCACCUACGGGGAUUGACAGAUUUAAGGCCCCUCUUCCUCCUCCUGUAUGGAUGUCACCGCUUGACGCUGUAAAUAGAAACAUCCGCUGUCCGCAACCCAACGUUCGUGAGCACACUCAGGAAGAUUGCCUGGUAGUCAAUCUUUUUGUUCCUGAUACUAUAGACACUAAUCUGCCUGUCCUGGUGUUUGUCCAUGGAGGAGCUUUCCAACAUGGUCACGGCCUUUCUGAUCAAUAUCGAGAAUUAGUGCGGACCAAGAAAUUAAUAGCAGUUUCGUUUAAUUAUAGAAUAGGUGUCCAUGGAUUUCUAUGUCUUGGCACUGAAGGUGCUCCUGGUAACGCAGGAAUUAAGGAUCAGGUAGCAUUACUCCGUUGGUUGAACGUAAAUAUUGCUAGGUUUGGAGGGAAUCCAAGUGAUGUCACGUUAAUCGCCUGCAGUGCAGGAUCAGGCUCGGUAGAUGUUUUAACACUUUCUAGCGCUACGACAGGCCUGUUCCAGAAAGCCAUCAUGGAGAGCGGCAGCAGUACAGGAGCUGUUGGUGUAAUAAUUGAUCCCAUCCAAAACGCUAAGAAUUAUGCAAAGGUGCUGAAUUUUGAUAAUGUCGAUGAUUUGGAAAAGCUAGAAGAAUUUUAUAGAACUGCCCCGUUUCAACUGUUAACUUCACGAGUUGAUGAAAUUGUAGACAAUAAGGAUAAUACGGUUAGAUUUGCUCCCUGUGUGGAACGAGAUAUGGGCCAGGAACGAGUUAUUACGGACGCACCAAUGAAUGUCAUCAACCGUGGUAAUUACACCAAGAUUCCUUUGUUAUACGGAUUUACUAACAUGGAAGGGGCAAUGAGACUACGCUACUUUAAUACCUGGAAAGAUAAAAUGAAUCAAAAAUUCUCAGAUUUCUUACCAGCAGAAUUGCAUUUUGAUAACGACGAGGAGAAAGAACAAGUUGCCCUCAGAGUCAAACAAUUUUAUUUUGGAGAUAGCGACGUGAGUGAAGACACCAUGGAGCAAUUUCUUCUGUACUUUACUGAUGUGUUAUUUGCGUAUCCAAUGUUGAAAUCUUUGUCAGCUCGAGUAGAAGCUCUUGGUGACACAAUUUAUUUGUACGAAUACUCAUUUGUGGAUGACGACUCACCAAGUUUUCCACACACUGAUGUUCGCGGAGCUCAACAUUGCUUCCAAUCAAUGGCGGUUAGCGACCAAGACCUUUCUGGUAGAACGGAAGAAUACAAGCGAAUGGUGCAGCUCGUCAGAGAAUACACACUCAAUUUUGUUUUGACUGGUUCUCCGUACUCAAGUGAUGCUCGUUUUCCGUUAUGGCCUCCAACAAGCGCAAAAAGGUCUCCUUACAUGUCGAUAGGUCCUGUCAUAGAACUAAGGGACGAUAUUUUGGGAGACAGGGCAGCAUUGUGGGACUCCAUCUACGAGGAACACUACCGAGGUCCACUAGUGCCUGGUAGUUAUACUGGCGGCUCCCCUCCCUCCACCAGUAUGGUUGACCCCGCUUAUAGCUGA